AUGUCAAACAACAGUUUCAGCACCACUAUUGCACGUAUUCUGCAAACAGAAGGGUUUCAAGACAGCAACACCAGAAUAACGGAGGAAUGUAUGCAAUUGCUCGAACCUUAUAUAGAGCUAUUUGUUAGAGAAGGAGUGCUUCGAUCCCUUGAGAAUAAAGCGGAUAUGUUGGCAGACAAGACCGUUGAUUUCGUGGACCUUGAAGCAGUAGCUGGUCUGCUGUUAAUGGAUUUUCAGUAA